AUGGCCACCUCACAUUGGUCGGCUUCGGCUUUCAUUGGCGCCGUUGCCUCGCCACUCUUUCGGUCAAUCCCAACUGGGCCAUUGACUACCGAAGACGGGGGCUCGCUAUGUGCUUCCAGAAGGACCCGGCCUGUCUCAUCAUGUCGCAUUGAAUCGAACUCUACCCAAUCCCCUUUCACGGUUGACGCCAAACUCUUCUACUGCACUGCUAUAUCGCUCACUCUGCUGGAUAUUCCCGUCAGGCGCUCCAGGAGUCCAGAGCCAUCUAAACUAGGUAGCCAUUCACUUGUUGACUCAAUGCAUUGA